AUGGGUGACAAUUCAAAUAAGAGUUUGGAUGAGAGUUCAGAUGAUAGUUCAUAUGAGAGUGACAAUACUUCUGAAAUAGAUAUUGAAGUCCAACAUGUUAAUCGAAGUCAAUAUCAUAUUGCAACGGUGAUGGCUGCUUUUAUGGUUACAAACCAUGUUUUGAAAUACAUUGUCAAAGAAAAGAAAACUACGUCAAUUCUCUCCGGCCAACUAUGGUUUAUAGAGUUGAUAACAGGAAAUGAUAACAGGUUUUUUGAGCAACUUCGAAUGAGGAAACAAGUCUUUCAGGAUUUGGUAUGCGAGUUAACUAAUAAUUGUGGGUUGACACCUCCUAAACACAUUGGAGUUGAGGAAAGUGUUGGGAUAUUCUUAUAUAUGAUAGGGCAACCUUCCUCAUAUAGAAAUGCGCAAGAGCGAUUUCAACAUUCUAGUGAGACCAUUCAUAAACAUUUCAACAAAGUUUUAGAAGUUGUAUGCAAGUUGGGGAAAAAAGUCAUAAAACAUGUUGAUCUUGUUGACUCUUCUCAAUAUAUCAGAGAUGAUAAUCGAUAUUGGCCUUACUUCAAAGACUGUAUAGGGGCAAUAGAUGGCACACAUAUUAAAAUACAUGUCCCAACAGAGAAACAAAAAUCGUUUUUCAAUAGGAAAGGACAUACAAGUACUAAUGUGAUGGUUGUGUGUGACUUCAAUAUGUGCUUUACUUUUGCAUUGUGUGGAUGGGAAAGAUCUGUUCAUGAUGCAAAGAUUCUUAUGGAUACUCUUCGUAAACCUAAUUUACGAUUUCCUUAUCCCACAAAAGAUUCAGGAUACCCGUCACUUAAAGGUUUCUUGGCACCAUACAAGAAUGCAAGGUAUCAUCUUACACAUUUUAGACUUGCUCCAGGAUUCAGAUCAAGAAAUGAAAAUUUUAAUUAUUAUCAUUCUAGUUUGAGAAGUGUGAUUGAAAGAACUUUUGGCGUGGUAAAAGCAAGAUGGAAAGUAUUACAAGAAAUGCCUAAUUUCAAGCUUCAAACUCAAAUGACUAUUAUUUGGGCUUGUUUUGCACUUCAUAACAUUUUAAGAAGAACAGACUCAAGUGACUUGGAUAUUCUUGAAAGUUUAGAGAACAUCAAUGGUUUACAAGACAAUGAGCAAGAUUUCCAUGAAGGAGAUGGAAAUGGUGUACCUACUCAUGGUGAAUGGCAAGCUCCAACUCAAGCUGAUGUUAGAUAUAUUGAAGAAAUAAGAAACACUAUCAGAGACCAAUUGCCAAGAAACAUGGGGCGACAACGACAAUAA